AUGUUGGAAUCCCCAAAAUUACGCCGCUUCACCGUCGAUCUCCUUUCAUGGGAGAGCUUGCAUGUCGUGCGCGACAUCGUUGAUACGAUUUACAACACCUCCUUGAAUAUUUUCGAGUCAAAGGAAAGGGCGUUGUUGGACGGGGAUGAAGCUGUUGCAAAUCGGGUCGGGGAAGGAAAGGAUAUAUUGAGCAUUCUAAUGAGAGCCAAUAUGGACGCAUCAGAGGAGAAUAAACUUGACGAGUCUGAACUUGUUGUGCAAGUCGCGCGCAUAUCCCUCAUCUUUGCCCCCCGUUUGAAUGACCUGACUCCACUCUGUCUGACACGAGGUUUGACAUCUGUUGCAGUAGACGCGACGUCGAACGCAAUAUCUCGCGCGCUGCAUUUACUAGCGCAACACCAACACAUUCAAGAGAAGUUGCGUCAUGAAAUCACAGAAGCCUGUACUAUCGGACUGGGAGUCUUGCUUAUGACGAACUGCCGGUAG